AUGCUAUUUCUUUCUAUUCUUCCCCUUCUAGCCUUUGGGCUAGUCUGCUUUGCGCAUCCACUUGAAAAGCGACAGUCAACCUCAACCGAUUCCUUCAAGCUGUAUGCCUAUGGCACUGGCAUUAGCGGACUGCCCGUCUUCUACAGGAAUGUCACCGCCGCCACUGACAACACCUGGGUUGCACACCCCACUUCCAGCUCCAGUGCCACGGCGGACUUCACCACCCUCUCUACCGAUACCAACAUGCUGUGUCUAGACCAAGGCGAUACAGCGGACUCCAACCCAGUUGGAUUUACCGGUGCAUCCGCGGCGGACCAGUCGACCACAACCAAGCUCAGUAACGUGUGGUCCACGUACGGGGGCUACGUUCUAGUCACCGUGAGCGGGGCCAACUUCUACGCGAGACAGGCUGACACAGACGGCGUGUACUCUCUGCUUUGGAGUAGCUCGGCUGAGGCGAUGACUGAUACUAUACCGCUUGUGCUGCGGACUACUGAGCCCGCGACGGUAUCUGUAUUGACUUAG